AUGUGGUUUGAGAUUCUCCCCGGGGUUGCUGUCAUGGCCGCAUGCUUGUUCAUCCUGGGAAUGGCCACUGCACGCAUCCACAGGUUCACUAAUGGGGGCAAGGAAAAAAGGGUUGCCCAUUAUUCAUAUCAGUGGAACUUGGUGGAAAGAGAUAGGCACAUCUCUGGGGCUGAUCGUUACUAUGUGCCAAAGGGUUUGGAGAAUAUUGACUAA